UGAUCACAUGUAAACACAGAAAUGCCGGUUAUCGGUGUUUCUCUCCUCUCGAGCUGGCACUGAUGAUCAGUGUGCCCUGAUGAUCAGUGUGGCCCCAGAAGUGCCACCUGUCAGUGUCCAUCAGUGCCAGCAGUCAGUGCUCAUCAAUGCCACAUACCAGUGCACAUCAAUGCCACAUAUCAGUGCCCAUCUGAGCUGCCUUUCAAUGUCACCCAUCAGUGCCAGUCAGUGCCACCUAUCAAUGCCAAUCAGUGCCACCUAUCCAUGCCAGUCAGUGUCACCUAUCAGUGCUGCCAAUCAGUGCCAC